UUGCUGUCAUCUUGGCUAGGUUAUCUGAUAUCUGUGAAAAUUUGAAAAUUAUCGUUUAGAUAAAUUCAAAUUAUUGUUAAUUUACCAUUCAUACAAUGGCUAGCUUCGCAGAAAUUCACCAAAAUGGUAUAAUUGAUAACCAUAACUCGAAUAACUCUGUAUUCAAGGAAAAUACACACCAGACUGAUAUAGAACAGAUUUUAAAAAUUGAGUACAGUAGGUACGUUAGAAAUAAAAUUCUAUAUGAAUGUUUAGUAGAUUCUGCAGAUGAAUUAGACCCUGAAAUGGCAAAGAAACUUGAAUGUAUCAUAAAUGAUAUCAAGUUGAAACAAUAUCUGAAGUUGGAGAAUCAAAGUUUGCUAGGGUUAACUCUAAAAAAUGAAGAAUUAACUUUUCAACAAGGAGAAGAAUUGAAAUCUGUUCUGCAAAAAAUGCUGUGGGAGAGAAAGUGUAGAAUAACUGGGGAAUUCAAAAGUAUUACAUCUAUAGACCUAGAUCAAGCAGUUAAUGCACAAAAACGAACACCAUCUUUACACGAUUUAUAUCUGACUCAGAAGGAUCAAUCUGUUAUUUCUCAUAAAGAAAAAUUAGUAAAAGCACAAGAAUCAUUCAUGAAAAAUGUGGUUAUUAGAAGUCAGCUAUUAGAAGAAAUGCUUGAUCUCCGGUUGAAUAAAGUUCCUGAAAUGUGCCAUCAGACAAAUCGGUACUGUAAAGCUAUGAUUGAAAGUAAUUACUUAAAAGCAAAGAUUGCAGAGUACAAAAUGAAACUAGAUAUUUUCAUGGAAAUUCCCAAAGCAAUAGAAGCUUAUCAUCAGCUGCUGAAGGAUAUCAAGAAGCAGCAAGAAGAGUGUGAGUUGAGUAUUGAAAAAAUGAAGGAAAUGAAAGGGAAAUAUGAAAAUGUGAGCGGAAGAGAAUAUGAUGAGAUUUUGAAAUCAUAUUUGAUGUAUAAACGUUCUAUUGAUGAAUUGAAUAAAAUGUACGAAUUAGUCAAGUGAUUCAAAUGGCCACAUAAUUGAUGUAGAACAUAUGAUCGAUGUUGAUGCAUUGUUAAAAACCCAGCUUUAAUGAAAACUAGCUCCUUUUGUAAUGAGCUAAUUGAUCCUGGGAAUGAUCUUGAUGAGGAUUUAUAAACAAUCAUUCUCAAAUGAUCUUGUUAUCAGUUUUCAAGAAUUAUAUUAUUUUCGAAUAAAA